AUGAACGUCAUCAUGCUCUCAUAUAAUUCUUUACUUUAUUUGAUUUUGUUCAAAACAAUGAAGAUGCAUUGUCUCAUUUAUCGAAUUUUCUUUGUAAGUAAUGUCGAAUUGUUUCAAUUAGAUAUCCUCCUGUAA